UUGAUGACUUCCUUCCUGCGUUCAACUACGUCAGAGGGAAGCGUUCUCACUUAUUGCUAAUAUGGCAGCGCUAUCGGGUGGAGGCGAUACGGGCAGUGGCAAUGGCAUUGACCAGAUGUUGGACCUGGGAGCUGCACUUCUUAACAAUUUCAUCUAUGAACGGGUUCGUCGCCAUGGAGACUGCGAUGCUGAGGUAACCCGAAGUCAGUUAGGUGCGGUGGAGUUGUGUGACCCCAGCCAUAAACGCCUUGCUCAGUGUUUGCAGCAGAUUGGUGAUGAGUUAGAUGGAAAUGUGCAGCUGCAAAGGAUGUUGAACGACUCUGCUCUUCAGCCUACUAAAGACGUCUUCGUUAAAGUGGCCCUUGAGAUUUUCUCUGAUGGAAAGUUUAACUGGGGAAGGGUGGUGGCACUUUUUUACUUUGCAUGUCGGCUUGUCAUCAAGGCCAUUUCAACAAAGAUUCCUGAAAUCAUCAGAACCAUCAUCAGCUGGACCAUGUCCUACAUUCAGGAACAUGUGAUUAACUGGAUCAGGGAACAGGGUGGAUGGGAGGGAAUUCGCUCUUACUUCGGGACCCCCACAUGGCAGACCAUCGGGGUCUUCCUGGCUGGAGUUCUCACCACUGUGCUGGUGAUCCGCAAAAUGUGAAGUCAUGAACGGAGAGGAAGAUGGAGAGAGAAAGAAGACAGAGUGAGAAAAGACCAGCAAAAGGGAACUAAAGAUGAGGGGGAAAUGGAAGAGAGCAAAGAAAUGUGAACAGACUAAUAAGAGAGUUGAAAACGGUGUCAACUCCUAGAAAAAGAAAGAGAAGAGAGAUAGAGAGAAGGUGGAAGGAGUGAGAGUCAAGCAUGAUACAGAUGUUUUCAAUCAUUCUUGAUACUUCUGAGCCUGUGCCCUUUCCAAUCUAUACAUUGAUCUCUGUAAUAUUUGCACUAAAAAUGAACGAGAGAUUAAUUCGGAAGUUCAGGUUUAGGUAUAAUUUUAGUUAUUUAUUUUUUGACUUUGGGUUAUGGGUGUUUAGGUCAUAUAGGUUCAGAGACUAAAUACAUUGGAUAUAUGAUUUAAUAUAUUGAUAUUUUCAAGGCUGAAAUUACUGUUACCAUUUCAUAUUCUAUAUUAGUUUUAAGUCAUAAAGAAUUUAUAUGUAAUGGCAGUCAAAAUUGAUUUGAUAAGGAUUGAUAAAUCUGUAACUAUUAAAUCUAUAUCUGAUUGUCAUAUUGUCUGUCUUCUGAAAUAAUAGGAAUGGGCUCAGGGUGGAUUCUGUUGACGUCUGAAUUUCUCCUCUCUUCUUCAUUUCUCUCUUCUUUCAAGAUCUCGUUCAGUUCAUCACAAUACUAUGAAACGUUUAAAUCUGGGUUGUGCUUCAUUGAAGAAGGUGCAAGGUUAGGCCUCUGAAGCGUACAUGUAGUGUUUGCAACAGAAUUUGAGCAGGGGAAUACAUCACAGCCAACCAAUCAGCACUGUGUUUGUGAUGUGAGGGCGUGUCCAAGUACGGUAAGCAAUGAGGCCUUGCUGUAACCGGGAUGGACAAUAGUGAUGACUUUUAAAUGCAUAACAAUUCUCUGGGCCAUGUUUUUUUACAGAACCAAAUCAGUGGCCUGUCUGACUAUCCAGAUAUAUAGGAUAAUCACAUUUUAAACUUGAAUGGAUUGCAGUUCAUUUUGCUCAGUCUGGUGCAAACACUUGGUGCAUUUGUAAUACCCAUGCAGAUUUUUAUCUGGGACUUGCGAACAGACCAGUUGAGCUCUUCUCCUCAGCAAAGUCUUCUCAGUACUGUAUUUUUAAUGUUGGUUAGUCAAACCCACAGCGCUGUUUGCCCUUUUUUUAUACGUAUCUUUAAUUUUCGGUUGUUUGGAUAAAGUUAUCGCUUUGCUUUUUAUUGAUUCUUUUGUUGAAAGUGCCUUGGCCCUUUUAUGAUACUAGCCACCACUUUUUCAUCUUUUUCUACAUCUUUGUACAUUGGUAUGAAUUGUGCACCCUAUGGAAGUCUAUGUACUGUGAGCCCAUGAGUUUGUUUUGUAAGAUGUAAAAUAAAACAAACUGUUUUUAUGGAUUUCAAUAUAAA